GAAUCGGUAUUCAGGUGUGUACAGCAUCGGCAAUAAGCAGGAAAACACUGAUAUGAUCGUGAAACGUCCGUGUUUACACGACAGACGCAACAGCCGUCCCCAGCUGCCAUAGACAAACACAAAAGCAGUGACGUCUCGUCCUGCGAAAACUCCAAGUAACCAUGCCAACGAGCUGACCAAUGAAAUCGUACGUCGUCACGCACCAGGAAGUCAUCUACAUGGAUUUUACCGGUUUCUUGAAGUUCCAUCUUAUGCUUUAGCACAACUUUAUUCGGCUUGAACGAGCGAUGCUGCUGCUGCUGGUGCUGAGCGCCCUCCUGUUGCUCUUCUGCAACCUAGAUGUGUGGUACUUCCUGCGGGGGGCCCUGGUGUUUUUCCAGGCCUGGUUCCAGCCCAGAAUCAGGGACAUUCUAGCCGAGCAGCGCUUCGAUGGCAUGGUCCUCCUGCACGACCUGGACUACUUGGGCCACAUGAACAACUCCAGAUAUUUAAGGGAAUGUGACUUUGCUCGCUUCCACCACUACAUGAGAAACGGGCUGUUCAUGGCCUCGUGCAAGCUGGGGGCCAGAAUGGUGGUGGGGGCCUCCACCAUCCGGUACCGGCGCUCUUUGGAUUUUAGAGAGCCUUUUGAGAUUCGGACCAAAGUGCUGGGAUGGGAUGAGAAAGCGUUUUACCUGGAGCAGCGUUUCGUGUCCAAGAAGGAUGGCUUUGUGUCAGCGGUCAUGCUUUGCAGGCAGAAUGUGGUGCGCUGCAGCCCAGAGAGGAUCAUUGAGUUUGUCUGCCAAGCAAAGAUCGAGUGCCCCGAGUUUCCAGAGGAGCUGAAACAUUGGAUCAGCUUCAUCACCGCCAGCAGUCAGGCCCUGAGAGCCGAGAGCGGGCUGGACAACAAGAACAAGUGAAGCACACCGCCACACCACAUCCGCCAGUGUCCACACGUCUUUAGAAUACUCAGAAACCGAUUAGAAAGAUUAAAGGGCCUAUAUCAUGCUUCCUUAAGCCUUUCAAAGUAAACUAUAUCCAUAUUUAUGAUCAUAUAUUACCUUUGGCACACUAAAGAACCAUUUGUUU